UAGGGUUCAAUCUUCCAAUGAUCGCCGAGGCAUUAUUAUUCUGAAGACCACCUUCACGUCGCCACUUCAAGUCUAAUAGCAUGCCCCUGCCUCAAAAGUCUGAACCGAAAAUCUUCCAAAUCCUGAUUCGGACGCAUCAAACAACAUUAUUUUUCACCGUGCCACCCUCAACGACCAUCGGUUUUCUCAAGGAGCAGACACUGUCGGCGCUGAACUCGGGGCUUAACGAAGAAGAGGACAUACCUCCAGUUAAGGAGGUGGGGGAUUUCGAGUUGUGCCGGUGUCGUGUUAUCAAAGGCAAAGAUCGAAAUGCUGAUGUUCAGAGGGAGUACGACAUUCUCGACGAACCAGAGUCCACAAUUAAGGGGAUCAAACUGGCAAAUUGGGAGGUUCUGUACUUACAGUUUAAGGAUGAGGAAGGGCAACCACUCCAAAUAGUCGCUUUCGAUCCUCCUAUCGACGAUGAGGAAGACGUUGAGCCUCAAUCUACGGUUCCAUCUUCGCCGCCGGUUAAUAAGGGCAAACGAAAGGCUACCGUGUAUGACGAAGAGGAUUCUUUGUGAUUGAGCGGAGGGUUCCAGCAGGACUAAUGGUGUAUCGAUUGCUGCAGUAAGGGAAAAGAUAAUCUGAAAUAACGUGUAAAGCCGUAUAUACAGCAAGUACUAAUUCAUCUCGUUCCUUCU